AUGACCGUGCUGGCUCUACGGCCCUGUGUGGCAUCACUUUUCUCCCAACAAAGGCCCCGGGGAGAGCGGCUACGUUGGAAGCCCACGCCGUUCUGGUGGCCAGUCGUUGGAAACCCGUUGCGGCCUGCUGGUUCAACGGCUGUCUUCUCUCUUAUCUCUCUGUGGUUCCGAAUGGAAGUAUAUGUAUACUCGUCCAUCGUCUGCAUCGCCUGUCUAAUCCUUUCCCCUCCGUUUCUUCAUCUCAUUCAUCGUCACUCGUUCCAACCCACCCCCCCUUCCAUUCAUUUUUUAGCCGGCCGAGCUGCGUUCUUUUUCAGAAAAACAAUAGACAAUAAUCCCGUUUGUUUACCAUUGAUUCUUUUUUCCCCUUCGAUCCUUGCCGCUUAUCUUGCCAAAAUCAACAUGAAAUUCUCCCUCGUCCCCGCCGUCUUCGCCGCCGCUCUCGUCGUGCACGCUGCCCCUAUCAGAGAAGCCGGCGAAGCCAGCAAGCGCGAGUUCAACAUGGGCGGCCUGCCCUUUGGGAGCGUCCUCGGCAGCGGGACCCCACAGGAUGCUGCUCAGGGUGCCGUUGCGAAAGUUUUUGGACUCGGUGAUUUGGCUCUCAAUGGCCCUGCCAGUCUUAUUGGGCGUUCAUGA